AUGAACCGGGUCUUGGCCCCCGGUAACUGUUACAUGUGUGUGACAUAUUUCCUGAGCGUCUACACAGCCUCGGAAGUGUAUAAGAUAAACUUUAUAUUUCCAAAUGGAGACAAAUAUGAUGGUGACUGUACAAGAACAUCUUCUGGGACUUUUGAGAGAAAUGGAGUAGGCAUUCAUACCACCCCUGAUGGGAUUAUUUACACAGGAAACUGGAAAGAUGACAAGAUGAAUGGCUUUGGAAGACUUGAACAUUUUUCAGGAGCAGUAUAUGAAGGACAUUUUAAAGACAAUAUGUUUCAUGGAUUGGGGACUUAUACAUUUCCAACUGGAGCAAAGUAUACUGGAAAUUUCAAUGAAAAUAGGGUGGAAGGUGAAGGACAGUAUACUGAUAUACAAGGACUGGAAUGGUGUGGCAACUUUCAUUUCACAGCUGCUCCAGGCCUGAAACUAAAGAUACUCAUGUAG